GGAAGGGCUCGCAUUUCCUUCUGCUGCUUGCUUGCUUGUUUGUUGCUCUAGGAGAGGUGUUGAGGCUGUGAUGCGGGGAUGGGGGCGACGCUGAUGCCUGGGACUCUGUCCGCCAGGUGAAGGGAGGUCCCCUCGCUGCUCCUUCUCUCCCUCAGGUUCAGAAAGCGGAGCUGCAAGAGUACCGUCUUCAAGCCUCCCAGCAAUUACACCAGCCUGUUCCCCAUCCCAAUACCGUCUGAUCAGUCACAGCCCAAACAUGGGCAUUUUCAGCAGCGGCACCAUCCCUGUGGGACAGCCUUCCAGAGGAGCGCACUACUGAAGCUGGGAUGAAAUGGAGUCCGGGACAAAUUCUUUCCGAGUGGAGUUCCCCGAUUUCUCGAGCACCAUUCUGCAGAAACUGAACCAGCAGCGCCAGCAAGGGCAGCUCUGUGAUGUUUCUAUUGUAGUCCAGGGUCAUCUCUUCCGAGCUCAUAAAGCUGUCCUCGCGGCCAGCUCCCCUUACUUCUGCGACCAGGUGCUCUUGAAGAACAGUCGCCGAAUUGUCCUGCCCGAUGUCAUGAAUCCUAGAGUAUUUGAGAACAUCCUUUUAUCCUCUUACACUGGGAGGCUGGUGAUGCCUGCGUCAGAGAUUGUCAGCUACCUGACUGCAGCGAGCUUCCUUCAGAUGUGGCACGUCGUGGACAAAUGCACAGAGGUGUUGGAGGGGAAUCCAUCCAUCCUUUGUCAAAAGCUGAAUCGCAGCAACGACCACCAGUCUCCAAGCAGUAGUAGUUACAAUGGCCUUGUGGAGAACUUUGAGCUGGGAACUGCGGGACAAACAGACUUUCACAAAGCCCAGGAUCAGAGGGACGCGGAGAAUGAAGAGGAAAGCUCUAAAGAUGAGUUGUCGUCUCAGCUAACGGAACAGGAGUAUCUUCCCAGCAACUCUUCUACGGAACAUGACCGGCUGAGCACGGGGAUGACCAGCCAAGAUGGGGAAGAGGGAGCUAGUGACGGCGCGGAAUAUCAAUACACCCGGCCUAUCUAUAGCAAGCCCAGCAUUAUGUCUCACAAACGGUGGGUCCAUGUGAAACCCGAGAGGUUUGUGCAGGACUGUGAAGGGACGGAGGUACACACUGCUUACGAUGAGCACCAGGUCUCUGAGUCCAUGAAUGCCAUACAGGUGGAUCACUCGGUUCAGACUUCCAGCUCUGAAGACUUCCAUGUUGCCGUGAAAAAAAUGGAAACCGAAUUCAAGCAAGCUGGCGAGAGCAAUUACGACGAGCAAGUCGACUUCUAUGGUUCUUCCAUGGAAGAGUUCUCUGGGGAAAGAACCGAUGGAAACCUAAACAUCCACAGGCAGGAAGCCACAGUGGCUGCUGGAUACGGGGAAAGCCUCGACGUGCCCUCAGGAAUCAAAGAAGAAAAUGCCCUUUCUGGGUUUUCUACAGCUGAUAAGCUCUACCCUUGUCAGUGUGGCAAAAGUUUCACCCACAAGAGCCAAAGGGACCGCCAUAUGAGCAUGCAUCUAGGUCUCCGGCCUUAUGGGUGUGGCGUGUGUGGCAAGAAGUUCAAAAUGAAGCAUCACCUGGUUGGCCACAUGAAAAUCCACACGGGCAUCAAGCCCUAUGAGUGUAACAUAUGUGGGAAAAGGUUUAUGUGGAGGGACAGUUUUCAUCGGCACGUCACGUCUUGUACCAAGUCAUACCAGGCCUGUAAGGUGGAACAGAACACUACUGAGAUGAACUGAAAGGGAACCCCUGUGCACAGCUGUUCAGCAGAGUCAGCAGAAUGGAUGCAUCACACAGAGCGGGCCCAGGACUUGCCGUUCAAAAUGAUCUGGUUUAAAGUGAUUUCUGUGGCAUAGGUGGGAACACCUGUAAAGGUGAGCGAGGAUGCCAGCCUGCAAAGCACUCUCAUAGAGUUCUCUGCCGAGACUGCAAACUGCAAAGCCAGCUAGAGCAGUGGUACUUUAUUGUGGUUAUAAUUGUUGCUAUUUAUUGUUUGUCUUUCAAUAGCACUUGGGCACCACCUUUGAGGGGCUGCUUUGGACAUUGAAAAUUCCCAGAGGCAAUGUGUGUGCAGGUGCUUCGAGCCCCAGAAUUUCACAGCUAGGUGGAAACGUUCAAUAAUUGUGCUGCGUGGAUCAGCCAUCUGCAGUGCCUGCAUUGAGUUGACAGAAUCGGUGCGCGAACAGGUACCUGUCUGGAACCAAAAGUCUGAUUAGAUAUCUAAAACAUGAGCCACUGACCGACGCUCAGACAGCUUUAACAAAUGGCUGCUCUUUGUUUGGUUGAACUUUGAGUUUCCUUGACCAUCUGUUUGUCUUGGCAGAGUACGUCUGCUUCCUGCUUUUUAAAAACUUUUUGUAAAGCACUUGGGCUAUAUUGUGAUGAACACUAGGGAAGAAAUAAAACAUAUGCUCAUAAUUCACCCCCCAACCCCACCCUACCCACAGUGCCUGAUGCAAUUGCCAGUUACGUUUAGUCUUUGCUUUCUGCCAUACAGACAAAAACGUUCUUUUCUGACACUUGGGGGUUAAAGCACACAUUUUCAUCUGGUGUAGAUUUUUAUGCUGUUUAAGAAAUCUGCUAAAUGAUUGUUAAUUUGCCAGGACUUCGGAAAGAUAAUCUGUAUACUGAUUCUUCUGGAUUCGUAGGAAAAGCUAAGGCAGGGGUACCCCAACGUGGUGCCUGCUGACAUCUUUUCUGGGGCCCGCCAGGUGUUUUUAGGAAGUGAGUGAGGCCAGGCAGGGCUUUUGCCCAGCAAGGCUUCUGACUGUCUACUGGAGAUUUGAUUAGCUGGGCAAUUAAAAAAAAACAUUGCCUUGGCAGGAGCUGCUACCACAGCUCAAGAAUCUACACUGUGUCAUAAGAACAUGCCUGCUGGAUCAGACCAGAGUCCAUCUAGUCCAGCUCUCUGAUACUCACAGUGGCCCACCAGGUGCUUUUGGGAGCUCACAUUCA